GAGCAAAACAGAUUUACUUUACAUUCUUAGAAUGAUUCCGUUCCAAUAUAAUCUGAAUAUAUCUACCAUCCUCUCCCUUUCACAGCCCGAAUUUGAAGUACCCAUUGUUUUAAUUUUGAGACAAAGAACAGCGCCAUGGGAAAAGGAGGUUGUCACUUUAGAGAGAAAAAAGUGGUGGAGGAAGGGCUAGAAGUUGAUUAUUCUGAUGAUGAACACCAGGUGUUCGAUGAAAUGCCUGUUCGAAUCCCACCCUUUUUGUUGCCACUUGAGAACCCAAAUAGAGAUGCCAUGAUCAAGAAGGCUGAAGAGAAGAUUGAAAAGACGAAUCGAGAGCGAAUUCUGAUUGCUCGGAAGUUAAGGGAAAGAAUGAAGCAUCGCACGGAAUUGAGCUGGGUAAAGUACUGCAAUGACAAUGAAAUCACCUUAUGGAACAGAUAGAGAUUGAAUAUCCUGCAUCUAUCACUAGAUAAACUGACUUUUGCAAACAAUGCAUAUAAAGGGGAACCGGUUAACUCGUGCUUGUCAGGAGGGGAAGUUGAUAAGCAAAAACUAUCUUUCUUGAUGGUACAUGGCUGUAAAGACAUGGCUGAUGAGAGAAAGCUAUUAAGGGAAGUCAAUGCAAGCCAAGAGAAGGAUGGUUGCAUGACAGUAGAUGAACUCCAUGCUCCUAUUCAGUGCCUGCAACAACUAAUACAAAAGUCCGAUGAUGAUGUUGCUCGUAAACAAGCCAUUCUCAAGGACAUAAAACAACAUGAAAUUGCUAGGGAGAGAGCCAUUGCUGAUGCUGUUGUGAAUGGAAAAUUUUGGAACUCCUUGGGCUUGAAAAAGGCCAUUCAAGCAGAAUUGCAGGCGCUCAACACCAGUUCAAAUGAGCAAAGAGUGAAAGCAAUGGCCAAAAUUAGGAAGGUAGAAAAGAACAUAAGUUCUCUAGAGAAACGCUUAAAAGAUACAAAUCGCAAAAAGAGUGAGGCAUACAACACCAUUCUAAGACUGAAGAAGCAGUGUGGAAAGGAGAUGCUUUCUACUACUGAUACUGUUCCCUCAUGAAGAAAGUUGAAGUACUGAAUAAGAAAGAUAUUGCAGCUGUUGAAGAAUUAUCUCAACUAUAGUUUGUUCAUUAGCUUGCACAUGCUAUUGCAACUGAGAUUCUCAUAUUUGGAAAAUUGAUCUCUUUCCCUGACAAACAGGUGAAAAGUUCAUACAACAGUGAAACAGUUGCUGAGAUUCAAGAACGAUUACAAAAAAGACACUCGAAAAGAUAAGUCAGAGGUGCUCUCUAAAACUAGAUUGAAAUGUUUGACGAAAGAUGCUGAACUGUAAGUUAACUAAAAUUGCAAGUUUGAUUCUUUUAGUUUUUGAAUUUGUCUAGUCAAGUCCUAGAAAUCCUAGUUUCUAGGAAGUUGUUAGGGUUAUUUUUUGUUAUAGUCAAGUCAACUAGGUAGGAUGCUAUUCUUAUGGCUAGUGGAGUAGUUGCCUGUUAUGUGAAAUUAGUUGAGUCUAUUUUUAGACUUAAGAGUGUGUAUAAAUAUAUAACAUCAUUGAAUGAAACUUACACUUUCCCA